AUGGUUACAUCUUAUGUACCAAUGCUCAAUUGCAGCCUUCGUGAAAGGCGUGGUUCAUCAGUGUCAUUGACAAUCGAUCUGAGCCAAUUCCAGAAUUCAGCUCUUGAAAUAUCACCAAUUAAUGAAGAUGUUGCCGAAGAAUUGGAACUCUGUAAGCCACGACGUCUAACACGUUACCAACUGCACCAUCUUGAUAUUUCGGCAUCUCUGUCCAUGAUUUAUGCAGAAUUUGCUGCUCUUCCAAGUCCAAGUACUUCGUCAUGUGAAAAAGUUGCGGGUUGUAGUCAAAAAAAUCGACAUACAUUAUGGCCUAUACGAGAAACUCGUGUACGAUUGUCAUCCAGCUAUAGGGCUUUAUGUAAUUCUAUAGCUGAAGAUAUCUGUCAGAGUUAUAUCAAUGCUAAUUAUAUUUUGGAUUCGAAUUCACAAUUAAUGUAUAUCGCAGCAGAAGGUCCAAUGUCGAAUACAGUCAAUGAUUUUUGGUCAAUGGUUCUUCAGGAACGUGCGCCAGCAAUUGUAAUGGUGACCAACUUAGAGGAAAAACCUUGUGGAGCCAAGCUUGCACUAAAAAAAUGCGAGAAAUAUUGGCCGGACAACCAUGCCUGUUAUGGUGAAAUUGAUGUUACUGUUGUAUCAACAAACUUUUACGAUGGUGUACAAAUUCGUCACAUUAUUUUAAAUUACGGUGGUAUGGAACAUCACGUCAGGCACAUUUGGUUUACAGAAUGGCCAGAUCAUCAUUUGCCUGUGCAACACAUUACUAAACUUUUGAAAGUAAUCGUUGCUAUGGAAAGUUAUAGAAAUGAAUAUCGACGAUUGUCUUCUCAUGUAGCACCAGUUGUUGUUCACUGCAGUGCUGGAAUUGGUCGAACUUGUACAUUUAUCGCAAUAGCUUUGGGAGUGGAUCAGCUCCGUAAAACUCCUGAAAAUAUUGACGUUUUUUCCAUUGUAUCCAGAUUACGCAGUCAGAGAUUUGGAGCUGUACAACUUCCAGGACAGUACGCAUUCAUCUACCUGGUAUUGCAACGCAUGGAGAGACUUCUCCCAGAAUUUUGUGCACAGAGUGAUCAAGACAAGUUCCCUGCCUGCCUUACUUUCUUGGAGACAUUAGGUGAUGAGAAUUCAAAACCAGAAAGUGAAAACGAUGAUGAACUACUCUGGAACAACCAGGUUGACUUGUUUUGA